AUGCCGAAUCCCCGCGUCUUUUUCGAUGUAUCCAUUGGCGGUGGUGCUGCUCGCCGCAUAAUAAUGGAGUUAUUUGCGGAUGUGACCCCCAAGACUGCGGAGAAUUUCCGUUGUCUCUGCACAGGAGAGAAGGGAACGGGUCAAAGUGGCAAGCCGCUUCACUAUAAAGGUUCCUCAUUCCAUCGUAUUAUUCCUCAAUUCAUGCUGCAAGGAGGCGAUUUUACCCGUGGUAAUGGCACUGGAGGCGAGAGUAUCUAUGGCGACAGAUUCGCCGAUGAAAACUUCAAGCUCCGCCACGACAGACCCUUCCUCCUCUCCAUGGCUAAUGCAGGCCCAAAUACAAAUGGGUCACAAUUCUUCAUCACCACCGUUGUAUGUGACUGGCUAGAUGGCAAGCACUGCGUCUUCGGCCAAGUCACAGAAGGACAAGAUGUCGUCAAGGAAAUCGAGAAGGUAGGAACUGCAUCCGGAAAGCCGAGACAGGUCGUCACCAUUGUUGACUGUGGACAGCUACAGUAA